GAGGGGAAGGCAGUGCCACCCAAUCAGGAACAUGGUCAGUGCCUGUGGAACAAUGAACUACUGAUGAGGGUGUGGCCUGGAAAACGGCUCUUAGAUGAAACUGUCAUUUUAUGGGUCAGCUAUAGACAGACAUGGCACUUCGGCUGUCUUCAGAAUAAUGUCACCUGGCCUCCUCUCCUGUCUUCUGCAGUCUUACAAGAACUAGUCCCCAAUUGAGGUCUGGCUUUUCCUCAGCCCUGGAUGAAGUGGAGAAGACCUAUCUGGAGACUGCUUCCUGUCACCAUAAAAUCCUGAACAUUUGUCUUGAACAUGAACACUCCAAGAGAAGAAUUCCAGGACUGGCCCAUAGUCAGAAUAGCAGCUCAUUUACCAGACCUCAUUGUCUAUGGACAUUUCUCCCCAGAGCGACCCUUUAUAGAUUCUUUUGAUGGAGUCCUGAUGUUUGUUGAUAUUUCAGGUUUUACUGCAAUGACUGAGAAGUUCAGCAGUGCCAUGUACAUGGACAAAGGGGCUGAGCAGUUGGUGGAGAUCCUCAACUACCACAUCAGUGCAAUAGUGGAGAAAGUGUUGAUUUUUGGAGGAGACAUCCUGAAAUUUGCAGGGCAGGUCAAAAGCCCGCGGCAUGUCUCUCUCUGAAGGUGAUGCACUGCUAGCCCUGUGGAGGGUGGAGCGAAAGCAGCUGAAAAACAUUAUCACAGUGGCAAUUAAAUGUAGCCUGGAGAUCCAUGGAUUGUUUGAGACCCAGGAGUCUGAAGAAGGCCUAGACAUCCGAGUCAAGAUAGGACUGGCUGCUGGCCACAUCAGCAUGUUGGUCUUUGGAGAUGAAACACACAGCCACUUUCUGGUGAUUGGUCAGGCAGUGGACGAUGUGCGCCUUGCACAGAACAUGGCUCAGAUGAAUGAUGUUAUUCUGUCACCAAACUGCUGGCAGCUUUGUGACCGGAGCAUGAUUGAAAUUGAGAGCAUUCCAGAUCAGAGAGCGGUUAAGGUUAACUUCUUAAAACCACCCUCUUCUUUUAAAUUUGAUGAAUUUUUCACAAAGUGUAUGACCUUCAUGAAUUAUUAUCCUUCUGGUAAGCACAAAAACCUCCUGAGGCUUGCGUGCACGCUGAAGCCUGAUCCUGAACUGGAAAUGUCCCUACAAAAGUAUGUGAUGGAAAGCAUUUUGAAGCAGAUUGAUGACAAACAGCUUCAGGGCUAUUUGUCUGAGCUUCGCCCAGUGACGACUGUGUUUGUGAACCUGAUGUUUGAAGACCAAGACAAAGCAGAAGAGAUAGGCCCAGCCAUCCAGGAUGCCUAUAUACACAUCACUUCUGUCCUGAAGAUCUUCCAAGGCCAAAUCAAUAAAGUCUUCAUGUUUGACAAGGGCUGCUCUUUCCUCUGUGUCUUUGGCUUCCCUGGGGAAAAGGUACCUGACGAGCUCACUCAUGCUCUGGAAAGUGCUAUGGAUAUAUUUGACUUCUGCUCUCAAGUCCACAAAAUCCAAACUGUAUCCAUCGGCGUUGCCAGUGGGAUUGUCUUCUGUGGGAUCGUUGGACACACUGUGAGACACGAGUACACAGUCAUUGGUCAAAAAGUCAACAUAGCUGCCAGGAUGAUGAUGUACUACCCAGGAAUUGUGACCUGUGACUCUGUCACCUACAAUGGCAGCAACCUACCAGCGUACUUUUUUAAAGAGCUUCCAAAGAAAGUUAUGAAAGGUGUUGGAGAUUCUGGACCAUUGUAUCAGUAUUUGGGCUGUACUGAGAAAGUCAUGUUUGGUAUGGCGUGCCUCAUCUGCAACAGAAAGGAGGAUUACCCUUUGCUGGGACGUAAUAAAGAGAUCAACUACUUCAUGUGUAUUAUGAAGAAAUUUUUGAUGUCUAACAGCAGCCAGGUCUUAAUGUAUGAGGGAUUACCGGGAUAUGGAAAAAGCCAGAUACUUACGAAAAUUGAGUACCUGGCCCAAGGUGAGAACCACAGGGUCAUUGCCAUUUCAUUAACUAAGAUCAGCUUCCAUCAAACUUUCUAUACCAUCCAGAUGCUCAUGGUCCAUGUCCUAGGCCUGGACACUUGUAAACAUUAUAAAGAACGACAGACCAACCUUCAAAAUAAAGUCAUGACACUGUUGGAUGAAAAGUUCUACUGUCUUCUUAAUGACAUUUUCCACGUUCAGUUUCCUAUUUCUCGGGAGAUUUCCAGGAUGAGCACCUUGAAAAAGCAAAACCAAUUGGAAGUAUUGUUUAUGAAGAUCUUGGAGCAGACAGUGAAAGAGGAAUGGAUUAUUUUUAUCAUUCAUGAGGCCCAGUUUGUGGAUUCGACCUCCUGGAGAUUUAUGGAGAAGCUUAUCCGGACUCUUCCUAUCUUCAUCAUUAUGUCCCUGUGUCCCUUCAUUGACAUUCCCUGUGCAGCUGCCAGUGCCAUAAUGAAGAACAGGAACACCACCUACAUCACCGUUGGUGCAGUACAGCCUAAUGACAUCACCAACAAGAUCUGUCUUGACCUCAACGUGAGCUGCAUCCCCAAAGAACUGGACUUGUACCUGGUGGAGGGAAGCUGUGGGAUUCCAUUUUACUGUGAAGAAUUGCUUAAAAACUUGGAACAUCACAAGGUACUCGUUUUCCAACAAACGGAGUCUGAGGAAAAGACAAAUAGGACCUGGAAUAACCUGUUCAAGUAUUUCAUUAAGCCAAUAGAGAGGUUAAACAUGGUUACUCUCCAAAGUGAUGAGGAAAGUGAAGUCUGUCACCUCGCAAGUGGUGUCAGACUGAAAAACCUGUCACCUCCAACAUCAUUAAAAGAAAUCUCUCUGAUCCAGCUGGAUAGCAUGAGCCUUUCCCACCAAAUGCUGGUGAGAUGUGCUGCCAUCAUUGGCCUGACCUUCACCACCGAGUUGUUGUUUGAGAUUCUCCCCUGUUGGAAUAUGAAGAUGAUGAUCAAGGUCCUGGCAACCCUAGUGGAAUCUAACAUUUUUCAUUGUUUCCGGAAUGGCAAGGAGCUUCAAAAUGCCCUGAAACAGAACGAUACCUCAUUUGAGGUGCACUAUCGCUCCUUGUCUCUGAAGCCCAGUGAAGAGAUGGAUCACGGUGAAGAGGAAGAGCUUCGUGACCUGGAGAAUGAGGUGAUCGAGUGCCACAGGAUUCGAUUCUGUAGCCCUAUGAUGCAGAAAACAGCCUACGAGCUGUGGCUCAAGGACCAGAGAAAAGCCAUGCACUUGAAAUGUGCCCGCUUUUUAGAAGAAGAUGCCCACAGGUGUGACCACUGCCGAAGCAAGGACUUCAUUCCCUAUCAUCACUUCACAGUGAAUAUUCGGCUCAACACUUUAGACAUGGAUGCCAUUAAAAAGAUGGCUACGUCUCAUGGAUUUGGAACUCAAGAAGAUCUUAUCCUGUCCAAAUCAGAGAUUCCUGAGACAUCCGCAUUAUUUCCUGAAAAUCCCAGUCCUGACAAAAUAAGAGAAAAGAUAUUGAAUUUCUUUGACGACGUGUUAACAAAAAUGAAGACAUCUGAUGAAGACAUUAUCCCUCUGGAAUCUUGCCAGUGUGAAGAAAUCCUAGAGAUUGUCGUCUUGCCUCUGGCCCACCAUUUUCUGGCGUUGGGAGAAAAUAACAAAGCCUUAUAUUACUUCUUAGAAAUUGCAUCUGCUUAUCUCAUCUUGCAUGAUAACUACAUGGCGUAUAUGUAUUUAAAUGAAGGAGAGAAGUUGCUAAAAACUCUCGAGAAGGACAAAUCUUGGAGCCAGACAUUUGAGUCUGCCACCUUUUACAGCCUCAAAGGUGAGGUCUGUUUCAAUAUGGGCCAGAUAGCACUUGCCAAGAAAAUGCUCAGGAAGGCACUGAAGCUCCUCAACCGAAUCUUUCCUUACAACUUAAUCUCCUUGUUUCUCCAUAUCCGUAUUGAGAAAAACAGACACUUUCAUUAUGUGAAUCAGCAGGCCCAAGACAGCCCACCUCCAGGGAAGAAGAGGCUGGCACAACUUUACCGGCAAACUGUCUGCCUCUCCUUGCUGUGGCGCAUCUAUAGCUACGGUUAUUUUUUUCACUGGAAGUAUUAUGCCCAGCUGGCAGUUAUGAUGCAAAUGAAUACUGCACUGGAAACUCAAAAUCAUUUCCAGAUCAUUAAGGCUUACCUAGACUAUUCGCUAUACCACCACCUGGCUGGUUACCAAGGUGUGUGGUUCCAAUAUGAAGUCAUGGCCAUGGAGCAGAUCUUCAACCUCCCCCUGAAAGGCGAGGGCAUUGAAAUCGUGGCAUACGUGGCCGAGACACUGGUCUUCAACAAGUUCAUAAUGGGACACCUGGACUUGGCCAUUGAGUUAGGCUCCCGAGCCCUUCAGAUGUGGGCACUGCUCCAGAAUACCAACCAACACUAUCUGUCCCUCUGUAGACUUAGCAGAUGUCUCCUUCUGAAUAGCAGAUACCCACAAUUGAUCCAGGUGCUGGGGCGGCUGUGGGAGCUUUCUGAAACACAAGAACACGUCUUAAGCAAGGCAUUUUUCUAUUUUAUCUGCUUGGACAUCCUGCUUUAUUCUGGUUUUGUUUAUAGAACAUUUGAAGAAUGUUUGGAAUUUGUAUACCAAUACGAAGACAACAGAAUCCUCAAGUUCCAGAGUGGAUUCCUCCUGGGACUUUAUUCUUCUGUAGCUAUCUGGUAUGCCAGACUUCAGGAAUGGGACAACUUUUACAUAUUUUCCAAUAGAGCUAAAAAUCUUUUGCCAAGAAGAACCACGACACUUAUUUAUUAUGACGGAAUAUCUAGGUACAUGGAGGGGCAAAUUCUUCACCUUCAAAAACAAAUCAAAGAACAGUCAGACAAUGCCCAAGCCAGUGGGGAGGAGCUACUCAAGAACUUGGAGAAUCUGGUGGCUCAAAAUACCAUUGGCCCUGUCUUUUGCCCAAGGCUCUACCACCUGAUGGCUUACAUCUGUAUAUUGAUGGGAGAUGGGCAGAAAUGUGACGUCUUCCUGAACACAGCCUUGCGACUCUCUGAAACACAGGGGAAUAUGCUGGAGAAAUGCUGGCUGAACAUGAGCAAAGAAUGGUGGUACUCAACCUCUGAGUUAAAAGAAGAACAAUGGUUUCAGACGAUCUUGAGUCUCCCAUCAUGGGAAAAAAUUGUAGCAGGCAGGGUAAACAUUCAGGAUCUUCAAAAAAACAAAUUCCAGAUGAGAGCUAAUACCGUGGACAAUCAUUUCUAACAUGUCAAAGAAAAAAGAUUUUAGUAAGCACUGUGUCCUUGUGAUUAUCUAUUAUUGACCUUUCUCCGUGGCUGGCCCGCUCCAGGUUCCUACAUAAUCUCUUCUGUUACGGACAUAGAACCAGACAUGUUGACUUCUUCUCUUUCUGGAGGGUCUAAAAGGGUCAGGAGUGUCAUAGUUUACUUCCUCCUAAUGUUACAAAAAAUUGCUUUUACCAUUCAUGUUGUUUUAGCUUGACCUGUUUAUUUCAGCCCAUGCAAAACUGUAUCAUAUUAGAAAUUAUUAAUCUC